CUCGCGGCGAAGUCGGUCCUCCUGGCGACGCGCCGCAGUCCUCGGGCAGCCCUGCGGCUUCCAGGGCGUCGCGGCCGGGGGCGCGCAGCGCCGCUCCCUGAGGUGAUCAUGGAAACAGGUGGCCUCCCCCUGGAGCUGUGGCGUGUGAUCUUAGCCUACCUGCACCUGCCUGACCUGGGCCGCUGCAGCCUGGUUUGCAGGGCCUGGUAUGAGCUGAUCCUCAGCCUUGACAGUACCCGCUGGCGGCAGCUGUGUCUGGGCUGCACCGAGUGCCGCCACCCCAACUGGCCCAACCAGCCCGAUGUGGAGCCUGAGUCCUGGCGGGAGGCCUUCAAGCAACACUACCUGGCCUCCAAGACCUGGACCAAGAAUGCGCUGGACUUGGAGUCCUCCAUCUGCUUCUCUCUGUUCCGCAGGAAGAGGGAGCGCCGCACCUUGAAUGUUGGGCCAGGCCAUGAGUUUGACAGCCUAGGCAGUGCCUUAGCCAUGGCCAGCCUCUAUGAUCGAAUCGUGCUCUUCCCAGGUGUGUACGAGGAGCAAGGCGAAAUCAUCCUGAAGGUGCCAGUGGAGAUUGUGGGCCAAGGGAAGUUGGGUGAGGUGGCCCUGCUUGCCAGCAUUGACCAGCACUGCUCAACCACACGCGUGUGCAAUCUUGUCUUCAUGCCAGCCUGGUUCUCACCAAUCAUGUAUAAGACCACGUCGGGUCACAUCCAGUUUGACAACUGCAACUUUGAGAAUGGACACAUCCAGGUCCAUGGCCCGGGGACCUGCCAAGUGAAAUUUUGCACCUUCAAAAACACCCAUGUCUUUCUGCACAAUGUGCCCUUAUGCAUGCUGGAAAACUGUGAGUUUGUGGGCAGCGAAAACAACUCUGUAACUGUUGAGGGUCACCCGUCGGCAGAUAAAAACUGGGCCUACAAGUACCUGCUGGGCCUUAUCAAGUCCUCUCCCAUCUUGCUCCCUGCAGAAGACAAUGAGUUUUUAAUGUCCUUGGACCUAGAGAGCCGGGACCAGGCCUGGAGCCCAAGGACCUGCGACAUUGUCAUCGAGGGCAGCCAGAGUCCUACGAGCCCAGCCUCUAGCUCUCCAAAACCGGACUCCAAGACUGGCUCCCAGGAGGCAGAAGUGGGCAGCGAUGGGGAGAGGGUGGCCCAGACUCCAGAGAGCAGCGAUGGUGCCCUGAGCCCCAGCGGGGAGGGGGAGGACGAGGACGAUGAGCAGCUCACGUACAGACUGACCUACCAGGUGCAGGGCCCACGCCCUGUUCUGGGUGGCUCCUUUCUGGGCCCUCCGCUACCAGGAGCAUCCAUUCAGCUGCCCAGCUGUCUCGUGCUGAACUCACUGCAUCAGGAGCUGCAGAAGGACAAGGAAGCGAUGGCGCUAGCCAGCUCUGUUCAGGGCUGCCUCAUCCGCAAGUGCCUCUUCCGGGAUGGGAAGGGUGGCGUCUUCGUCUGCUCUUACGGCCGAGCCAAGAUGGAAGGGAACAUCUUCCGGAACCUGACUUACGCAGUGCGGUGUAUACACAAUAGCAAGAUUGUCAUGCUGAGGAAUGACAUUUACCGCUGCCGGGCAUCAGGCAUCUUUCUUCGAUUGGAGGGUGGAGGCUUGAUCGCUGGCAACAACAUUUACCACAACGCAGAGGCUGGUGUGGACAUUCGGAAGAAAUCCAACCCACUCAUCCUGUGUAACCAGAUCCACCACGGUCUUCGAUCUGGUAUUGUUGUCCUUGGCAAUGGGAAAGGCGUCAUCAGGAACAACCAGAUCUUUUCAAAUAAGGAAGCGGGCAUUUAUAUCCUGUACCACGGAAAUCCAGUUGUGAGUGGAAACCACAUCUUCAAGGGACGCGCAGCUGGCAUCGCAGUGAACGAGAAUGGCAAGGGCCUCAUUACAGAAAAUGUCAUCCGCGAGAACCAAUGGGGAGGGGUAGACAUCCGCCGUGGCGGCGUCCCUGUCCUCAGGAGCAACCUCAUCUGCUUUGGCUACUCAGACGGUGUGGUCGUGGGUGACGAAGGCAAAGGACUGAUAGAGGGAAACACCAUCUAUGCUAACAAAGGCUGUGGUGUGUGGAUGAUGUCCUCCAGCCUGCCCCAUGUCACCAGCAACCAUGUGAGCUACAAUGGCCUGUAUGGAGUGGCAGUGUUCAGCCAGAAAGAUGGCUCUGGUGAGUUCCCUGGAGGUCACGGGGCCCAGGAGAACUUCAGUGAGGAUGGGGAUGCCAUCCUCUGGGAAACAGAGCUGGAGAAAGAGGACGACCCACUGCGCAGGCCCGUCACCGUAGCUCUUGUGGAGUCCAACAGUAUUAAUCACAAUGGAGCGUCAGGACUCUUUGUCCAGAGCAGCGAGGCACUGCAGGUCGUCACCAAUGUGAUCCAUGCCAAUGGGGACAGAGGCAUCACCAUUGUUCAGAGCAGCCAGCUCACGCGGGUGACCAACAACAGCAUCUCCUGCAACCGCCAGAGUGGGGUCAAGGUCGAAGCCCAGUGCAAGGUGGAGCUGCGGGGCAACGGUAUCUAUGACAAUAGAGGCCACGGCAUCAUUACCAAGGGUGACAGUACUGCUGUUGUGGAAAAUGACAUCAUUGGCAACCGGGGAAGUGGACUGCAGUUGCUGCCCAGGUCUGACACUAAGGUCCUGAAGAACCGGAUCCACUCCUUCCGCGCCUAUGGCAUUGCAGUGCGGGGCCGUGCUAAGGCCCUGGUGCAGGAGAACAUCAUCUUCCAGGGCAAGACCAACAAGACCAUCUUCCAGCAGAUCACUAACAACCGAGAAUGCAUCAUGCAGAACAAUAAGUUCCUGGUCUUCAAGAAGAAGUCUGACACUUGGCGCCUGGUGAAUCCUCCAGCACGGCCUCACCUUGAAAACUCAGUCAGGGGCUCCUCUGGGUCCCACAGUGGGCAGAAGGUGACAGCCAUGGCGACCAGGAUCACAGCCCGUGUGGAAGGUGGUUACCACAGCAACCGCAGCAUCUUCUGUACCAUCCUGUAAGCAAGAAGACUUGCCUCAGCCCCAGGCCCCAGUGGGCACUCAGAAGAGCUAGAGGCUGACUCUUGGGAUGGAAGUUAAGCCUGGGAAGACUCCCAGCCCCACCCCUAUCCUACACACCACCACUCCUGAAAAGAGGGUCCUAGGCCUCCUGGGGACUGAGAACAAGGUACUUCUAAACCCUUUACUCCACAGCCUUCAUCAGGAAGGACCUUGGAAACAUUCCCCCCAGGAGAAAGAGCAAGAGCAAUUGGGAGUGUUCCAGCAGUUAGAGGUUAUGCAGAGCUAGGGAGACUCAGACAAUACAUGCAGAUUUUAGGUCAAUUAUUCCACACUACAGAGAACCUCACUCUACACAGACCAAACCUAGACUCCUCUCAGGGAAGAGAGUCCUUCUGGUCGAGGGAAGUAACUGUGUUGAGGGACAAUGGCUGCCUUUCCUGGACCUGCCCUCUCGGUCCCUCAGGAGACGGGACCUGCCUCCCAGCUGCCGCUGGGGACUGCAGUGUUUUUAUUAAAGACAGUUCUAGACUGGCACAUGGCCCUGGGAACAAGGAAGGGGCUGGGAGCAAGAAGGUCCUCCUGAAAAGAUGUCCCAGGAAUGACCAGGGGACAUGCUAAAAUAAGAGGGGCAGGCGGCUGCCUUCAGGUGUGCUGGCAGGUGCUGGGCUGGGCCGUGUGAAGAAGAACGAAGCUCCACUGUCCCCAAGGAGCCCCCAGGUUCAAAGCAUUAGCUCAGUGCCUGCCACAGGAUUCGGGCUGUGUGUGGACACAUAUUCCAGCUGCCCCUGCAAGCUCCAGCCUGUCUAGGUGGGGGUGCCCUCCAGCGUGUCUGUAUCCUCAUGGAUGACCAGCUGCCUUGACCAGCCCUACCGUGUUCCCCACUCUGUGCCUUGGCUUGAGCUUAUUUUCCUUCCCGGCAUGCCCUCCCAGCUAUCUCCAUGUGUGCAGGCCCCACCCUUCACUCCAGGGUUAGCUCAGACACUGCCACCUCCAUGUGACUCUCCCGUUGCCCUGGUGAUAGUGUCCCCCCCCCCCCCCGAACCUCACCCUCCCUCUCCCUCUCAGGGCACUGAGCACUUUCUGCUUUGCUUUGGAACUCUCUGGGUCCAUACCCUGUCCUGCCUGUUUACCUGUGAGCUCUCUGAAGGUAGAGCCCCUUCUGUGUCCUUAAGUCCCAGCCCAGAGCCAGAGUUGUUAGUGGCCUAAGUGAUGGGAAGGCCCACUCCCAAAGGCUUCCCUAGACAGUACUGUGAAUGUGACAAGCUUUGAGAGCCAGGUGGGCUUGGACCCCACUGUGGAAGGGGACUGCAUGCAGGGCUAGCUCCGCCUUGAUGACCCCUUUCCCACCUGGCCUUCACUGCAGGGCCCUCCAGCCUUUGGGGUCACUGUCCUACACUGGACCAGAUCCCAUGCUGGUUCUGUGGAGCCCUAGG